AUGGCAUUCCAUCGAAGAGCGUCUUCGAUUGAUACCCUUCGGUGCACAACUCCUUAUAUCGCGUUUCCACCGCGCGGCGAGCCCUGGGAAAGCUUUUGCUCAAGAGCCAUGUCAACAACCUCACAUGCACAUCCAGAGUUGAGUGACAGUGAAGAGCAGCAGCAACAGGGGCUCGACCAGGAGCAAAAGCGAGCUACGCGUUGUCCUCAGCGAUCUUGGACAACGGCUGAUGAUGGCAACUGGUCAAGAUACGUCGCGGAUAGGGCACCAUUCACGUUAUGGGAUAGCUCCCAACAAGAUUUUCGCUAUCCCACAGGCCCUGAGAAACAAUGGAUAAUGAGCACUUUCUCUGCAACUGGGCUGACUAUCUCAUGGCCGGAAAUUUUUAUUGAGACAGCUUCACCUCCAACCCCAGUGCCUCUGACGGUAGCCUGUGUACCAUGUCUAUUUAUUCCACCUGGCCACCCAGCGCAGCCUCUAUCCGCGGACAUCAGCUAUUGUGACCCGAGACUUCCCGACCCCGUCCCAGUGCAGUUCCAUUACAGUAAAUGGGGCAGGCCAUCUAAACAGGAGUACGAAGUGGUGUUCCGUAAGCUUAGCGACAUCAUGAACAUUAGAGCAAUCAACUUCGUUCACUCCAUGAUCAUUAUCGAACUCAGAGCUGACGAUGGACGGGAGUACGAAAGGAGAUCGCUCCCAGGAAGAGUUGCGAAUCAUCUGACGUUAUACCAUCAUAACGAAACGCCGUUCUGGGACCUGAAGGUCCAAGGACGAGAGCGCGUAAUAAAACCGACCGGCAACCUCCAUGACAUGACAAAUUAUCUUUCGACAGAACUACACAGCCUCUGCCCUGGCGUUAGAGUGGAAAGUGGGACAACAUCUAGGCACGGAGGCUACCUUGAUUUGACCAUGGCCACCACCGCUGGUGUUUUACUUAGGUCGUGUAGUGAGGGCCAGAGACUGACUGUGUCGAAUCACGGUUUCCCCCACUCCGAUGAUGUGUACCAUCCUUCAUCUUCCCCCGAUGGACUCUGCAUAGGACAGAUAACUGAACGUUUCAUGGCUCUUGACGUUGCCCUGGUCCAACUUCAUCCGUCGACAUCCUUCACGAAUGACGAGUAUUUUGAGUCUCAACCACCCAAGAGACUUGUUCGCUCAAAUGAAGUGCCGCUUAACACCUGGUGUACGCUUGAUGGAAUGGCAAGUGGUUUGAUAUUUUUAAGAGUCGCCGGGAUCCAGGUUGUACCACCUCCUCAGGUCCCAGGCAUCCAAGUCGAUUUUACCAGGUUUCAAACAGAAAAUAUAUACAGAUAUAUUGGUCCUGCGGGAGCAGAGGUCUGUGCCGGAGUAUGCGGUGCGCCUAUUGUUAUUGAUGAAGAUGAACGUGGCGGAGUUGUUGGGUUCUUUCAGCUGGGAGAGCGAGGUGCAGACUGGGCGUUGGCGCCGUGCCUUGAUGAGUUAAUCGAUAGGGGAUGGACGGUUGUGUAA